CAAUCCUUGAAGAACUACAAUUCCCACGGGUAGCCGCGCUUCACAAACAUCAUGGCAGCCUCCUCCGUCACAGCAAGAGUCCGCUACAAAAUGAUAAAAAGAACAUUGUUAUUGUGUCUUAAUGCGUCGUGUUCAAUCCGGAGAUUAAACGUAGAAUCUUCGCGAUAUGAUGGCCAGUUGCAAAGCAGGACUAAAAGUGUUUCCAUGCAGCUGGAAGGCGUGGUCGGACUGGAGAUCCACGCCCAGAUUCAAGCCCGCACUAAAAUGUUCUCCGGCUCGGCCGUCCACUUCCUUUCGCCUCCCAAUUCCCUCGUGUCCUUCUUCGACGCCUCUUUGCCCGGUACAUUACCUGUCCUGAACAGACGAUGUGUCGAGGCAGCUGUAAUGACGGGAUUGGCCCUCAACUGCCGUAUCAACGAGAAGUCAUUUUUUGACAGGAAGCACUACUUCUACGCUGAUCUCCCCGCGGGCUACCAGAUCACACAGCAACGGCGGCCCGUGGCGGUGGACGGUUUGCUGCACUACAGCCUCCUGGGCGGCAAGAAAAGGAACCAGGUGCUCCGGAAGAACAUCCGCAUCAAGCAGAUCCAGCUGGAGCAGGACAGCGGCAAGAGCCUGCACGACGACGCCCGCGGCCAGACGCUCGUCGACCUCAACAGAGCGGGUGUGGGCCUGAUGGAGCUGGUGAUGGAGCCCGACAUGACGUGCGGCGAGGAGGCGGCGGCGGCCGUCAGGGAGCUUCAGCUCAUCCUGCAGGCCCUCGGCACCUGUCAAGGAAACAUGUCGGAGGGCCAGCUAAGGGUGGACGCCAACGUGUCGGUGCACAGACCGGGGGAGCCGCUCGGCGUCAGGACAGAGGUGAAGAACAUCAACAGCGUUCGAUACCUGGCCAGGGCUAUCGACUACGAGAUCCGGAGACAGAUAGAUGUCGUGCGGCGAGGAGGCAGCGUGCGCAACGAGACCCGCGCCUAUGACUCCAAAUCCGGGACGACUGUGGCCAUGAGGGACAAAGAGGGUCUCCAGGACUACAGGUUCAUGCCCGAGCCCAACCUUCCCCCUCUGAUAGUGUACGAAGACCCUUCCCGCAUUCCCUCAGGUGCUGACGCCCGGCAGGCGGUGGUGGUGCAGAGUUUGCGGGCCAAGCUGCCCGAGCUGCCCGGCGUGAGGAGAGACAGGCUGGUGGAGACGUACGACAUCCUGCCCGAGCACAGCUUCACCCUGCUGAACGAGGAAGGCCUAGUGGAAUACUUUGAGAGUGUGCUGAAGGCCACCAGCCGGGAGCCCAGGAAGGUGAUUGGCUGGGUGACCAACGAGCUGCUGGCCUUCCUCAAACAACAAGACUUGAACGUCAGCCAAAGCCAUGUCUCUCCUUCCUCCAUGGCCCAGCUGCUGGAGCUCCUGGAAGCAGGAAGCAUCUCGUCUUCAGUGGCCAAGCAGGUGUUCCAGGAGAUGUGGAGGUGUUCAGGUGCAAAGACGGCGGCUCAGAUCAUCCACGAGCAGGACUUGAGCCUCAUUAGUGACAUGGAGCAGGUGCACGUCAUCUGCGCCAAGGUUCUGGACUCGCAUCCGCACGAGGUGCAAGCCUUCCGAGCGGGCAACAAGAAAGUUCUGAACAAGCUGAUGGGUUCGGUUCAGAAGGAGACCAAAGGCCGGGCUGACCCGGUUGCGGUGCGGAAGAUUCUGCAGGACAAAAUUUCAGAAACUGUAUGAGUUGAUUGUACGACGUAAACUACUAAUGAGCAUCCCUCCAACUGCAUGUAUUGGCUAUAUGUAAAUAAUUUUUUAUAAUGUAUUACCUCCCUUUCACGAAACAUGUCACAAGAACCAAUUGAUAAACCCUCACUAUGUAUAUUUAUAUUCAGUUUGUAUCACACAUCAUCUUUCCACAUUGAAAUGAAUGAAAAUGUUAUCCGUUCCAACCCCCCCCACAAUUCUUUUAAUAGGGAAAAUUGUACUAUAAUAUUGUACUUUAUGAGAAACAGAGUACCAGUAUACUUAAAUGUAAAACAAACUUUUUGCAUCAUUUCAUGCUAUGAUUCAAUUCAGUGUGCUACUCCUGGUGUGUCAACCUUGGCCACUGGGAGGCAGUAUAAUACUGUACAGUCUUGCAGAUACAUACAAAGACCAGACUUGUUACUACUCAGUAGAUUGCUGUAAUAGUACUCGUUUUUUGGAAAUAGGAUAAAGAAUGUAGACCUGAGUAUUGUUCUAUUAGCUGUCUACGUGUUCCAUUUUUGUUCAUAAUAUGUGUGUUUAAAGGGCUGUGUCACUUGACUAUCAAUGCUAACCGUUAUCAUGUCAAUGGGAUUUUCCAUUAUGUGUUAGCAUUAAGCUAGCCGGCCGGUCUCAAGGCAACGUAGUUGCAUAAAUCUUUUGAUGUUUAGUUGUGGAGUGACAAAUAGCUUAAAGCUUCUUUUUUAUGUUCCCCCUUCCAUUUGAAGUGUUUUUUUUGGGGGGGGGGGGGGGGGGG